CUCGAACCCCAUCUAGGAGGCCUCUAAUUGUGUCUGAGGUGGGAGGAGCGUUCUCGCGCACCAGUACCCCAAAUGGGGGUCGGUGGACUACAAGAAGUUCUACGAGCAGUUCGGCAAGUGCCUCAAGUUGGGCGUGCACGAGGACUCCACCAACCGCACCAAGGUCGCGGAGCUUAUGCGCUACCACACCUCGAAGUCUGGCGACGAGACGAUCAGCCUGAAGGAGUACAUCGACCGCAUGAAGGAGGGGCAGAAUGACAUCUACUACAUCACAGGUGAGAGCAUCGCAGCAGUGUCGUCCUCACCCUUCCUGGAAACUCUGCGCAAGAAGGGCCUUGAGGUCCUUUACAUGACCGAUCCCAUCGAUGAGUACACCGUGCAGCAGCUGAAGGAGUUCGACGGUAAGAAGCUCAAGUCGACGACCAAGGAGGGCCUGGACCUCGAGGAUGAGGACGAGAAGAAAAAACUCGAAGAGAUGAAGGCGGAGUUCGAGCCGCUGACGAAGCUGAUGAAGGAGGUGCUGGGCGACAAGGUGGAGAAGGUGGUGAUCAGUUCGCGCAUGGCGGACUCGCCCUGCGUGCUGACGACCUCGGAGUACGGCUGGUCCGCGAACAUGGAGCGCAUCAUGAAAGCGCAGGCUCUCAGGGAUAACUCCAUGACCUCCUACAUGGUGUCCAAGAAAACCAUGGAGGUGAAUCCCAAACACUCUAUCAUGUCUGAGCUCAAGAAGAAGGCGUCCGCAGACAAGUCGGACAAAACCGUCAAGGACUUGAUCUGGCUUCUGUUCGACACGUCCCUCCUCACCUCAGGCUUCAACCUUGACGAGCCUACGCAGUUCGCAGGGCGCAUCCACCGCAUGAUCAAGCUCGGCCUCAGCAUCGACGACGACGACGAAGGCCUCGGUGACGACGAAGACCUGCCUCCUCUCGAGGAGGUCGAGGGUGCCGCAGACGAGGCAUCGAAGAUGGAGGAGGUCGACUAAAGAGCAGUUGGACCUUCACGAUACGACCUCGUACCUGUUGCACUCCACGCGGUCGGCGCUACCUAGUCGAUGGCCGCGUGGGGAUGUUCCGCGUGCUUACAGACGCGAUGCCAGAUUGGCACAGACGCGCAUCGGCGCGCAGGCAUCAUGGGAUGCAGGGAAACAUGCACCUCUCCUUCCUCUCCCUCCCCUCUGCUCUUCUCACCCUGCCUCUUCCCUCUGCC